UAAAGGCAAGGAACCAGCUACCAAAACCAGAAAAGCAUAUGUUGCAUGGAAUGACAACGAAGAAUCCUCUGCCUCUUCAGAAGAAGAAGAAGCAAAUUUAUGUCUUAUGGCAAACACAGACUCAGAAUCUGAAAAUGAGGUGUGCUUGACAUCCAAUAGGCAUUCUUGGUACCUGGAUAGUGGAUGCUCAAAGCACAUGACAGGAGACAAGUCAAAAUUCUUGUCUCUAACAUUAAAGGAUGGAGGAUUUGUCAAAUAUGGUGACAACAAUAAAGGAAAGAUUAUUGGGAUUGGUGAUAUAGGCAAUGAGUCAACUACAAUAAUAAAAAAUGUCUUGUAUGUAGAAGGACUAAAACACAAUCUGCUGAGUAUAAGCCAACUUUGUGAUAAAGGCUUCCAGCUUUGAACCAGAAUCCAAAGUGAGAGGUGUUAUCACAAAAAUAUUCAAGGAAAACUUUGGAGGGGCAUGGUCAUGUUGGAGUAGUGUGGAUGACGAAACAAUGUGUGCUUGGUUAAAGGACUUUAAGGCAAAAUACAAAUGGCUUGAGAAGGAUGAAGCAAAUAUUAAAAAAAGCUUUAACAGUAGGGGAUCUUUGGCCCUAAAAAAUGCUUUGUUCAAGGUGUGUAAUGGUGAAGAUAUGGGUGAUUGGAUUGGGGAAGAAAAUUUAGAACAAUUGAAAGCUCAAUGGCAAGCUGAGACAUGGCAAAAAAUUUCUAUGAUUAAUAAGAAAAAUAGGCAAUCUCAAGUUGGACACAAUGUGCAUAGUGGAGGAUCCAUAACUGCGAGAGAACAUGUCAAAAAAAUGAGGGUAGAAUUGAAUAGAGAACCAACCAAUUUUGAGGUUUACUAGCGACUUCAUAGGCCAAAAGGGAAACCAGGUGAGUGGUUUAAUGAAAAACAGGCAAAGAUAGCUGUAUGUAU